AUGACAUUUGUACCACCAACUGAAGAACAAAUUGAUGAAGCACUUGGUGAUACUGCACAGUUGCCGACAGAUAUUCAAAAAGCUCUUACGAAUCGAAUCAACGAAAGUUUUGCAUCAAUACCAGAGCCUGACUAUUGGGGAUGGCUAAAUCAACGUCAAGAAUAUGGUCAAACAUUUAAAUCAUUCGAACAAGUUGUUUCCAAAGCAAUUCCUCACUCAACGCAAGUAUCGUCCAUUUCAAAAGAAAAGGGUAUUUUUGUAAUAACUGUCAAGUGGUGGCGAGCUCCACCUCUUGAAUUGAUUGGUGAAUUCGCCCAAGCAUUCUUUUUGGGAUGCGAUGUCAAAAUUUUACCGAUGGUUGAUUUUACUGAAUCAAUGCCAAAUCGAAUUAACAGUGGAACUAAACAAAUUCAAUAUCAAACAAAAGGUCUGUUUGAAUACCUUGCUCAUACACGAAGUCAACGUAAUGCACGUGAAGAAUUGUUAUGUGUUGCUGUGACCAUGGCCGAUAUUUAUCCAGAUGAAACAUACAAUUUUGUUUAUGGACAAGCUCGAGUCACAGAUAGUUACGGUGUCUAUUCGUUUUCUCGUCUCGAUCCAUUAUUUCCCAUGCCACCACACAAAUCGAUGAAUAUGAAGUUAACUGAUGUGGAUCGUACAAUUAUUCUUCGACGUUGUGUCAAAAUUCUUCUUCAUGAAAUCGGUCAUCUUUUUGGUCUGAAACAUUGCAUUUAUUAUCUAUGUCUAAUGAAUGGUGCAAACAAUCAAAUUGAAAUGGAUCAACAACCACUUUUUGUCUGUCCAGUUUGUUUACGUAAAUUACAAUCAUCUCUAAAGUUCAAUAUUGAACAAAUGUACAGAAAAUUUUCAGAUUUAUGUGAAAGAUAUAAUCUUGAUUUCGAACGCGAUUGGUAUCGAAAACGACUUGAUUGUAUAUCAAUUUAA